AUGGGAAAAUCCGAAGAAGAACAACACCUGCCACGUGGCGCCACCUCAUCGGAUCGACCGCAGAAUGCGGAAACCGAGUGUCGGCGGUGUUGUUGUUCUCAGAUUCAGAAACUCCUUGGGUUCAGAUGCAUUCUCGUUUUCCUCUUCUCUCUUGCUUUGUUCCUCUCUGCUUUGUUCUGGUUGCCGCCGUUUCUUCGCCUCGCAGAUCACAAGAAUCUCCACGAUAAUUCCAAAUAUAAAGGUCAUGAUAUUGUUGCAAGCUUUAUUGUUAAAAAGCCAGUCGCUGUGCUAGAAGAUAACAAAUUGCAGCUCGCAAGGGAAAUUUUUGAUGAGAUAGAAGCUCCCUCUACUACAACAGUGAACAUCUUGUCUCUAGACCCGUUACCUCAGCCAAACAGGACAAAAGUGGUAUUUGCAGUUGAUCCUGAUGGUGGUGAAUACUCAGAAACGUCUUCUGCCUCCAUAAGUUUGAUAAGAUCAUUAUUUACAUCCUUGGUAAUACACCAAUCGAAUCUGCAGCUCACUUCAUUCGGAGAUCCCUUAUUUUUUGAAGUGCUGAAAUUCAAAGGAGGAAUUACUAUACAAAGAAAUUUCAAUGAGCUGACAAAUCAGCUAAAGUCUGGAUUACAUUUGACAUCCUAUGAGAACUUGCAAGUCGUCUUAUCAAACUCUGAAGGUUCAACAGUAGAUGCUCCCACGAUUAUUCAAUCCUCGGUUCUACUUGCGGUUGGGAUUCCUCCAUCCAAACAGAGGCUAAAGCAAUUGGCGCAAACCAUCAUGGGACCUCAUAAUCUUGGCUUGAAUAACACGGAAUUUGGUAGGGUUAAGCAAGUCAGACUCUCAACCAUCUUGCAGCACUCCCUUAACGGCAGUGAUACUCGCUCCGCGAGAUCACCUGCUCCUGCUCCUGUGCCUCAUUCCUCACACCAUCACCACCACCACCACCAUCAUCAUCACCAUCACCACCAUCACGAUACCCAUCUAACUCCUGCAACUUCUCCUAUACCUGCACCUGCACAUAAUCCUUGGGAGGGUGUAACUCCACCUGAAGUUGGUUCUCCCGCAUCUACAAAAAGUGUACCUGCACCACCGAAAAGUUCUCAAGCUCAUCCUCCUGAUUGUCCAUUUGAGCGUAGAAAAAGGUCUAGGCGUAGUGCUGUGAGAAAUACUUAUCUAACACCUGCCAUUGCCCCUAGCAUUGAACAUCAUCACCAUGUUCCUAUUUCAUCACCAAAACCACAGGUUGAACCCCCUCCCCCUACACAUACCUCUCAUUCGGUACCUGCUUUGAGUCCUUUGCCAAAUGUAGCUUUUGCUCAUGCUGAGCCCCCGCCUAAGAACGGACCUGCUGCAGAACAACCUAAGAACGGACCUGCUGCAGAACAACCUAAGAGCUCAUCUUCUGCAGGUUGUCUUGGAACCGUUAAAUGGACAUCUUUAAUAUUUGUUGUACUUGUGUUACAUGUGUGA